AUGGAGAGUCGCACUUCAAAGACGAGCCAGUCUGCAAUGGAACCGUAUAGGUCAGUGUCUCCAUAUUACCAAACAAAUAGUGAGCCUUCAACUAUUCAGGGCGAGGAUGUAACGAUGAAACAAAUCGCCACUGCAAGAGAAACGUUUAGUGAUCUGGAGACAGCAUAUCGAAAAUUUAAGUUGGAACUGGAUUAUGUAAAGGAAGAGCAUCGAAAUGAGGUAUGAUUUUUGGAUUUUAUUCGUGAUUGCUGAUGGAAGUUGGUACUGAUUUGCAUAGACUCGCAAUCUAAAUCACACCACCACCUACAGGUUAUAGAGACACGAAAACAGAGAUACUAAUUUCUCCUGAGCGAAAUUCACCUUUGCUUUUUAUAGCCAGUCGUAUCACGUUCUCGGUUUUGGUGCAUAUAGCUUUCACCUGGGCGAAAGAAUCAGCUGAUUAAACUUAUGAGAACUUGGAUUUCAACACUUUCCAGUACUUUCCAAGAUCUGCCAUAAUUAGCGUGUUUCUGGAUACCCGCAUAGCUUACGCCAACCUAUAAUGAAAGCUUUUGCCAACUAACUACCGAGCCUUGUAAUACUUGUACUUGUAACAUUUUUAGGCGAAAUUUUGAGAAGUAUUUUCUUCGACCUUAAAACUUUUUCUUUACCUUUGGAAAUCAAAACUUAGUGACCUGUUCAGCAAAAAAUUGAGGUAUUUAAUCAUUUUCGGUAGAUAAACAAUUGCCACUUUGCAUAGUAAUUAUCUUUUGGAGUCAACCAGAAAGGUGCGACGCUAAUAAAACAAGCAAAUUAAAAAAAAAACUUUUGCCUUUUAGGUUGACAAACUACGUGUACAAAUCGACAACCUUCAAAAACAGAAAACAAAUUUACAAGAACAGCUAAAGGAGUCUCGUACUGAUACUAAAAAACACCAAGACGAAUUGAAUCGUGUUCAAAGAAAAUUAACGGAGAAAGAAUGGGAGUAUGAUGCGAUAAAAAGAGACUUCGAUUCACAAAAAGAACUUAUUCGAAGGUUACGGGAGGAAAAAUUAUCCCUCGAGAAAGAAAAUGAAGAUUUAAAGCGAGAGCUGUCCUCGAGCCAAGCACUUGUUUCAUCGCCUGGGGGAGGUAGAGAUGACAAUUAUGAACUAGUUGCUGUUCGCCAAGAGAUUACAGAGUGGGAAACAAGCUAUAAGUUCGUUCAUAAAGAGAAGGAAGAAUUACAUGAAGAACUUUUAACGCUACAGAGCAAAGUUAAUGAUUUACAAGCUGAUUCUGACAAGACCCAGCGGGAACUACAGAAAGAAAUAAAAGUCAACUCGAUGAAGGCAUCAAAACUCGAGGUACAGAUGCAAAGUGCUUUUCGGCAAAGAGACAAUUUCAAGAUGCAGCUGGAGGGGCUUAGGGAUGAUUACAAGAAAGGUAAAGAAGCGUACAAUUUGAUGCAAAAAGAUUUCUUGGAAAAUCAAAAGAAGACCGACAUCUACCGUGAAGAGCUUAACUCGAAGAAUAGCCAGUUAGAGAAACUUGAAAAUUCCAAUAAGACACUUCAAGCAAAACUUGAAGCUCUGAAGCAGGAGUUCUCCAGGAACCAGCUCUCUUCUGAUAUCAAUGACAAGCAAAAGGAAGCCUUGGAGCGGGAACUGCAUGAAUCUGAGUGGAAGAUACAAGAUCUUGUCGAAGCCAACGAAGGGUUAUCAGCGCAAAGAGAUGAACUGGAAAAAGAAUUGUCACUAGUAAAGGCGCGCAUCCCCACCUUAGAGAACAACUGCGAGAAGACCAACGAGAAAGCGAAGGAAAAUGAACAGCAUGUCAGUCGUCUUCGCCAGCGCAUCAGUGACCUAGAAACUAAUUUGUUUUCGCUCCAAAACAAAAACCACCAGCUAGAGGUGAGCUCUCAGGAAUCCAUGGAUGAAGUGCAAAAUCUUCAAAAUAGGUGUGAACAGGCGAACAAACAAGUUGCGGAACUGGAAUCACAGCUGGAAUUUUUGGAGCAGGAAAACGACGAUUUAAAGAGUCAACUGCGACAUUCUGAGCGUAAGAUCACCGAACUAAAGGCAACUCUACAGCGUAACGAGCAGGAGAAUGAGGAACUGGAAGUUUCGACUGCUGGAAUGAAGACACACUUGUCGAAACUAGGGAGUCAGCUCGACAAUAUCACUAAAAGCAAAGAGCAGCUUAAGUCAGAGUUAGACGAUGAAAAAAGCAAGGUCGCUAAGCUAAGAAAAGAAUUGGUUACGUUGCAAGCUUCUGCUGCAGAGUCUCAGAGGACAUCAGAGUGGUACAAGAGAGAAACUGCUUCCAAGGAUCGUACGAUUGACGACUUGAGAGCUAAUAUCGCAGCUAUGGAGGGCAAAAGUGACCCACUGUAUGAGGAGAUCAAUAAGCUGCAAACACACAUGGAAAUCUUGGAAGAAGAGAAGAAGAGUCUUCAUGAAGAAAAUCUGCACAUGCAGAAGGAUCUUCGAGAUUUGGAGGCAGAUCUGAUACUCGCUAACGAAGAAAAGGAUCGUUUAAGUGAUGAACUUCAGGAUUACUACAAGAAAACAUCCGAGCUCCAAGCCUCGUUAAAGAUGUGUGAUCAGGAAAGAAUGGAAAACCAGCAGCAAGUGUUAACGCUUACGAAAAAAAAUGAGCGUUUAGAGGUAGAUAUAGCAGAAGCGGAGAGAAAUAAGAAAUGGCUAGAAACUGAGCUGGGAAAUUACACUGGUAAUGACCGCCAAAAAAUAGAUGAAACGGACAUUGUAAAGACGCAAUUAGCAGAAGUGCAAAGUAUGAUGGACGAUUAUAGACGCGACGGAGCAGAUAAGGAAUCCACUAUUGAACAAUUACGACAGCAACUUCUUUUCCUUACCAACGACCACGAAGAUCUCAAAGCAGAGUUGAAAUGUAACAAGACCCUUGUAGAUGAUGUCGAAAGUGAAAAGAGGCAACUUCAGGAACAGGCCACAGGGCUGACCGACGAAUUAAACAGACUCAAUUCCCUAUACGAGGCUACUAAGAGGAAGAGUGAUCACCUUGAAGUGGAACACAGUGUCGUGACAAAAAGAUGA